UUAUUUAUUUAUUUGUUUGUUUGUUUUUUUCUUUUGGGUUAAAUAAAUUGAACGACGGCAAUAACUACACCUAACGACAAAACGGCUACUCUGCAUAAUUCAGCCCCAACUCCAACAAAGCCAUUUUCAGUUUCUGUACUCUCUCUCUCUCACUAUAUAUAUAUAUAUAUACACACACAGUUACCAUAUAGACAUAUAACAUACAUAUAUAUGCACCAAUUCAUUUUGAUUAAUCCUGACGAUUAUAAUCUGAAUCAUCAUAAUAAGAAAUGGCGGGUUCAAGACCCUCCUCUUCUUCAAUCUCUUCUUCUCAGUCAUCACAGCAAGCAGCCUUCACUUCACGUCUCUUGUUACUCCUAACUCUCCUUCCCUUAACUCUUGCGCUUUUCGCUUUUCUUCUUCAAUGGCGUGGCGGUUUAACCGACCCCGUUUCUCGCUGGUCCCCCGACCACCAUCAGUUCCCUGGCAUGGACACUCUCUCCUCCCGUGUCUCUUCCUCCACACCUAAGGACUCGGGUUGCUCGGAUCUUCUUGGUCGGAGCCAUUCUCCUUCCUUUCCUUAUUAUAGAAACUGGAAGUUCGAUUUUGGGUCCGAUCUGAAACCCAAGAUAUGUAUAACUACAAGCACUUCUGCAGGCUUAGAACAGACUUUGCCAUGGAUAUUUUAUCACAAGGUUAUUGGAGUUUCUACCUUUUUCCUUUUUGUUGAAGGGAAGGCUGCCUCUCCUAAAGUUUCUAAAGUUCUCCAAACAAUUCCUGGAGUGAAAAUUAUAUACAGGACAAAAGAAUUAGAGGAACAACAAGCUAGAAGCCGGAUCUGGAAUGAGACUUGGCUAGCAAGCUUUUUUUACAAACCCUGUAAUUAUGAGCUAUUUGUAAAACAAUCUCUCAACAUGGAAAUGGCCAUUGUCAUGGCAAGGGAAGCUGGCAUGGAUUGGAUAUUCCAUCUUGAUACUGAUGAGCUAAUACAUCCUGCGGGAGCUCAUGAAUUUUCUUUGAGACAAUUGCUGUCAGAUGUUCCUGGAAAUGUUGACAUGGUUAUCUUUCCAAAUUAUGAGAGUAGUGUUGAGCGAGAUGAUGUUAAGGAGCCUUUUAGUGAGGUCUCAAUGUUCAAGAAGAACUAUGACCAUCUUCCAAAAGAUGUAUACUUUGGCAAUUAUAAAGAAGCUACUCGUGGUAAUCCAAACUACUUUCUGACAUAUGGAAAUGGGAAGUCUGCUGCUCGAAUUCAAGAUCAUCUUCGUCCCAAUGGUGCACAUAGAUGGCACAACUAUAUGAAGACUCCAAAUGAAAUCAAAUUGGAUGAAGCUGCUGUUCUGCAUUACACAUACACAAAGUUUUCUGAUUUGACUUCAAGACGUGAUCGGUGUGGAUGCAAACCUACAAAGGAUGAUGUUAAAAGAUGCUUUAUGUUGGAAUUCGACAGAGCUGCGUUUAUAAUUGCUUCAACAGCAACGGAGGAGGAAAUGCUACGUUGGUACCAAGAACGUGUUGUGUGGACUGACAAAGAACUGAAUCUUAAACUCAUGAGGAAGGGCAUCUUAACUCGCAUUUAUGCUCCCAUGGUCAUUGUCCAAGGACUCAGAGAAUCUGGCGUGUUUAGCAAUGCCAUAGCAAUGGCGCAGACAAACCUUACAGAGUUCUUGUCAUCUGUUGAAAAUAGUGACUCUUCUAAAACAGCAAAAUCUGGAGUUAUUUCUUCAAGAAAGAUUGGUCAAAAUGGAGAAUCUCAGGCAACUGCAAGAAGGGUAUUGCAGAUUAGCGGUGAUAUUUCUCUUCCCUCAGCUGUUCCACCACAAUCUCCUCCCAGCCUGGGAGAAAAUGAGGUAGAGAUAUAGUGGCAUUAAAUCCACAGCAGCCCUGGCCUUCUUGGCAUUGUUCCCUGCUAUAGAUUUUUGAAAUGUUGGCGAAAAGAUCCUGAGGGCAUGAGAGAAGCCGCAUAGGCUGUUGGUGGCGGUGCACUUUUAGUAUUUGGUUUCGUGGGGCUCUUCCCGAUCAUUACCCAAGCGCUGCUGUAAAUUUGAAGUAGAUAAUAGAUUCUAUAGAGUGAGAGGUGUAGAGCGGGAUUCUGAUUACAUGCGAUGAAUUUUGUCUUCUUGGUAGUUUUUCUAUAUGCCGCAGCUGAUUGCCUUCAGCUGUAACGGGAAAAUCCUGCCAUUCCAAUUGUUUCUUUAUACACAUUGUGAGGGGAAGUAUGAUAGUAUCAGUCCCCCAUUCAUGACACAGGUAUGAUUAUUAAUUGAAAAUUUGAAAUGGCCCUUUGGCUGUU